AGCGGCGCGCAGCUGCACACACAGCCAACGGCCGCCGCAGCCACGCCGCCAGCCCUUCAAGCAUGGCGGUCCCCGUCACGGAGGACACGCCGCCAGACCUGCUGGCCGGCAGCAUGGACCUGACCGUGCUGCUGCCUGACGGUAGAGCCACCAAAACCAGCGUCCAGAGAGCGACGCCUAUGAUGGACCUGCUGGUACAGCUGUGCACGUCGCAUCGGCUGUCGCCCGGCGGACACAGCCUGCAGCCGCUGGGCGAAAAGGGCGCGCUGCCCUACAAGCCCUCCACGCCGAUAGGGCUGCUGGAGGCCUGGAGCGUGCGCGUCCUGGCCAAGGGCGCCGGCGCCGCCGCUGGAGCCGCCCCCGCGCUCCAGGAGCACCCGCACCAGCUGCCCUUCCAGCACACCUUCCGCCUCCAGGUGCACCUGCCACGCAACCAGCUGCUCGUGUCCCGGGUGACUCCGCAGAUGGGCCUGGCCGCGGUCCUCAAGAUGGCCUGCGACGAGAAGAACCUGGACCCCAGCAAGUACGAGCUGCGCCACCCCAUAAACCUGGAGGAGAGACUGCGACCGGAGCUGACUCUGGGCGACUACGGGCUGACGGAGGUGUGCGUGAUGGCGCGCGACGCCAGCGGUGCGGACGCGCUGGCCCUGCAGAAGGAGCAGGAGCGGAGGCGGCGGCGAGCCAAGCAGCAGCACGGGCACGCCGCGCCGCCGCCCCCCACAGUCCGCCAGACGGGAACCGAGGUGAGUGCCAUCACGGGCAGCGUGUCGUCGGGCAGCCUGGGCGGCAGGUCCAGCUCUCCCGACUCGGCUCCCGCCGCGCCUCCGCCGCGCGCUCCCGCCAGGAAGAGGCGCCCGGCCCCACCUCCGCCUGCCGUCACCACCGACAGUGCCGACACCAGAGGCCGCGAUAAGCGGGACUCUGCAGUGGUGAUCAGUAAAGCCAGUUCCAAGCAGGUCGUGUCGCACCACGACGGGACUGCUCCCACGGUGACCCACUCGCGGACGUCCUCCGACAGCUCCGGCUACCACGAGGCGUCCGUGCUGAGUGACGGCCCCGACACGCACCCCGUCGACAAGACGAUUGCCGCCCGGGAGAUGCCACCUCCGACUAGCAACAGCACCCUGCCACGAAGAAGCAAACUGCCACCGGCUACAGGCACAUCGGCAGCCCUACCGAAGCGGACCGGCCCGACUGUUGGCAACUCGGUGCCACUGUCCAGGUCCGUGUCCAACCUGGCGACCGGCGUGCCCGGCAGAACGGUGCACGGCGAGCACAGCACUUCUACGUCCUCGCUGUCUUCCACAGGGCGAGGACCUCGUAAGAAGAAGGCGGCUCCACCCCCACCGCCAGUAGCGGUGACCCCUGCGGGACCUCGGGCUGUGUCGCCGGACAGGUUUGCGGCCACUCCCGCACCGUCCCCGGCGGAACCUCCCACUGUGGACGCGACUACCGAGAGCCGGACAUUGCCGCGUCCUACGGCCCCCACCGAGAACUCGGACGCCCGCCGGUCGGCCAGAAUCGAGGAGGAGAAGGAAGCACCGAGCCCGGAGAGGCAGCCGAGUUCUGAAACUGGGGUGAAGCACCACCAGCAGCAGCAGAGGUCGAGCGCGGAAUUGACGGCCGAGAAGGCGGACCUGUACGCGAAACUGCAGCGCCGCCUGCCGUCGCGCGGCGACAGCGUCACCUCCACGUCGUCCUCGGGCAGCGAAGACGCGGCCGCCGCCACCGCCGGGCGCGGUCCCGCCGUCGAGGAGCGCGAGCGCGCGCCCGUGCCCGCUCCGGCAGUGCGCCCGUCGAGGAGCCGCGACGGGGCGUCCGCGGCGGCCAGGGACCGGCGUACGGACGGACAGUCGCGACCGCAGCCGGACGUGGUGGCCGUACAGGUGCAGCCGCUGGCAUCUCCUCCAGGGUCGGUGAGCUCGAAGCACAGCUCGACCGCACCGGACGAGGACGAUACGGCUGUGGACGAAGGCAUCGGCAACGACGACGCGGCCGAGGAGGUGGCACGGGCUUUCGCGAGUGCCGCCGCCGAGUUGGAGGCGGCCAUCUUGGCUGAGGACCUUGCCGCGGCCACUGCAGAAGCCGAGGAGAAUCCUGCUGCGGACUACAGCACCUUCGACCCUCCGUGUCCGAAGAGCCUCAGGGCUGCCACCCUUCCGCCGCAGCUGCCCCCGUCGCCAGACCCGCCCGCAGUGGUGGCGGACGCCGAGGACUGGCACUACGAGAUCCCGGCUCCGCCCUCGGCAUUCAGGGAUUCGGCGGAGACUCCGCCACCGACGCCGUGGUCUUACGAGGAAGGGGAGGUGCGCAGCAAAGCCAACCCUCUGUACGACAGCCGUGAGUUCGUGGCGGAUUCGUCCGUGGCGAAAGAGAAGUCCGACAGCUCCGGGGAGCCGACUGCGGCCACCGAACUGAGGAAUUCCGGCCAGACGACGGACGGCAGUAACGCGCAGGAGCCGGAGGAAGAGGUGGCCGACCGGCAGCGGGCACUGACGGGCACGGAGCGGCAGCUGCAGGGCGUGCUGGACGCUAAGGCGCGCCUACUGCUGCCGCAGCCACAGCUGCAACUCAUCCAGGGCCCGGCGGCGGAUGCGGACGCGGUUCUCAAGGACACUGACGACGGAUCUGCGGAGGACGGCACGUCGCACGUGCCGGACGUCGGGGAAGACUCGUCCGUGUCGCAGGAGAACCACAGCCACAGCCUGCUGAACCACCACCACGCGGGGCACCUGCACCGGCACACUGCCGACGAGCACCACCACGACCACCGUCACCAUCUCCACCAUGACGACCACCACCACCACGACCCGCACUCUGCCAAUGUGGGGAUGCCGGCGUACCUCACGGAGACCAUCGACACUCUGGAAGGGUUUGAGGACCUGAUUGCUGUCGGCUCUGGUUCGAGGCCACCAGAGGAACGUCAGAAUGUGGAGGGCGGCAGCAACGGUGCUGCGGAAUUGGAGGUAGUGAGAAGGAACUCUUCUGGUGUAGAGCGACCUGUGGUGGUUGCCGAAGUUGUCAAGAGUUCCGAAGGCGGCGUCACUCCGGAAACGAGUCCGGUCGGUGCGGAAGCCGCGAAAGUAGCGAGGAGGAGCUCCGCUUCCAGCUACGGGACGUCGACCGAGUCGGAGAAGGGCUCGGAGAGUUCGAGCGACCUGUCCGUCGAAUCGGGAGAAGUUCCUUCUCGGAGGAGACCUUCCGGGGAGCUCGGCGUCGGCGACGGGAAGACGUCGAAGGACGAGGGUACCCGGGCAGAGUCGGACCGGCAGCAGAGGGCGCAGAGGCGGAGGACGGUGGAGGUCGCGGGGCCGCUGGUCAACUUCACCAUCACCACCUACCAGAGAGAGAUCGACCCGGACAAGAUAUUCGCAGAAGCGGAGGACGCGGCAGAGAGCCGCGUGUCCGCGGUAACGGCGCCGUCGUCGGUCGCGGGCGCCGGUGGCGAGAGGCGGCCCUCGCAGGUGUCGAGGUCGAACUCUGUCGGCGGCUCCGGCUCCGCCUGCAGCUCCUCGGCCGGAUCUUCUCGGCGAGGCAGCCACGCAGAGCAGCAGCGCGGCGGGUCUCACGCUCCGGGGGUGAAGCGGUCCGUCUCGAAUGUGUACGCCGCGCUGCAGGACGUAGCUGCGCGGGAAGAAGCACGCGCCAGAGGUGCUGUGGAGUCUACCAAUGAGGAGGACAGUGGCUCGUCUCAGCUGCAAUCGGUGCAGGUGCUGCGCAGCAUACUACCCCAGCUGAAGACGACACCAGAGCGGGAGCCGUCCAGUAGCAGCAGUGAAGGAUCGUGUGCGACGGCAGACGCCUCGGCAGCAGUACCGCGGUCGGAGCGGCCACCGGAGGACUCGCGGAAGACGGCGGGAGAGGCUCGGGUCACGGAAGUCGGCACUAAGCCGCAGCCGCAGCCGCAGCCGCAGCCAUACCGGCCGCCGGCAAUCAGCUUCGCCUCUUGGGGUGAGCGGCCGCGCGACCGGGCCGUCUCGCUCAAGGUGGACAGCGACUACCGCGUGGGCGGCGCUCACACCCAGGCACAACAAACCUCACAAGAACCUCAGACUGCCAGUGCAGAUGCUACUGCCGACAUCGCCAAAGCUCCCACGCUCGACGGUGCGGUACCGGAGAAAAAGCCGGAACCGGUGACGGCAGUGCCUUCCGGACAGAACGUGCACGUCAGGAGUGGCGAACCGGCACCUGCACUUGCGCCACCAGCUGCCGCCAAGGUGGAGCCCACGGUGAUCAGGAUAUCGACUGCGGAGCCCAGGAUACGCGCCGUGCAGCUGAAGUCGCAGCCCGCUCCCUCUGGGGUGCAGAGGUCGGACCCCGCGGCCGCACGGCGGGACGGUGCCGCCCUGACGAUGCGCAUCAUCUCGCACACGACGGCGGCUCCCUUCGUGAGGCAGGGCACGACGAGCGUGACGGUGAACGGGGACGAGCGAGUGGUGCCCGUGGUGCGUGCUGUCGAGCUGAAGAAGUCGGCGUUGCAGCAGGUGGACAGGAACGGACAGGUCGGCAGUGGGGAAGACGAGGAGAGGUUUGUCGGCGUCAGCUCGCUCGCCAAGAGGUUCUCCGUCCUCGGCGACAACACCGUCGUGCAGAGGCGGAACUCGGGGGUGAGCAGAGUGGCACGGCGACCCGUCUCGGAGCUGGUGACAGCCUCGGACGCGGCGCUGGCGUCCGCAUCCGUAUCGGCGGACCCCGUCGGCCCGGUUCACCGGACGGGCAGCUUUGCCAGCCUCGUCUCCGCCAGCAGGGCCAGCCAGCUGGGGCGCUCGGACAGCUCGGACGACACCAGGAUCGGCUCCUCGGCAGGUCUGGUGUCACAAAAUGGCCUCGUGAGUCCUACGGCGAAGCAGGCACCGGUGACUGUGUCCGCCGCACCCAAGGGCUUCCCUCUGCCUGUCGUCAAGGGCUUCCGGGUGCCCGGGGCCGGAGCGCCGGAACCCAGAAAGGGCAUCACGCUCGUCGCUAAGCCCAAGGUGGGCGCGGGGGCGGCCCCUUCUGCGUCCGCACCCGCGCCGGCGCAGAACCCGCACGAACAGCUGAUGGCCGCCAUCAGGGGUUUUGGCGGCACUGGAAACCUCGGGAAGCAGACCCAGAAUGUUGCCGAGUGCGAGAGUUGAGCAGUCCGCCGCUGCAGCUUCCUCGGAGAUAUGUGACAGAACAGCGUGGGAACUUACUGCAUUGCAGAGGCCUCCCUCUGUGUUAAGAGGACGAUCGUGCAAGUGAGAGACGUCAGAUGCUGAAAUACCGAAUGCAGUAGACAGAGAUGACAGUGCUGCGCCCAAAAGCCUAGGUGUCAGUCGAGCCUGAUGCCUCCUGUGCUGGGACAAACACAGAGACCCGGAGGUUGUGCCAUUGAGAGCAGAAAAUGCACUGUACAACAUUAGUCUGUCAGUUCCGACAAUCGGAAGAGUGUUCGGUAUUGGGUGUAUCGAACUGCAUGGUGGUGAUACGUUUGUGGGUGUGUUUAGGCUGCUGUGUGAUAUACGUGCAGUAUCUUUGUUGUGUGUAUGUAUGUAUUUUUUUUCCUUUUUUUGUGGAACUCUUUAGUUUUCAAGGCUGGAAGAGAGACUGAAUGUGUUAAGAAAUCUGGCAGCUUUCAAAUGUGACGAAUUUUGCCCUCAUUCUUUGUAAAAGAAGCUGGAGCAGUGUAAAAGUUUCUGUCGUUUUUCUCAAGUGACAAAAUCUUCAGGACACGUAAGGGAUUUUGAUAGAGCAUUUUCUGUUGUUCUGAAAGAGAUUUUCAGUAGUGGGACACAUUUGUUGUUUGGAGAAAUCGGGAAUUACGGUGACGACAGUGUGCCCACCUUUCCUCGACCGUUCAGAAUUAUUAGCACGUUUGUCGAGGAAGGACAACUUCGUAGGCUGUACUGUGCUGUGGAGUGCUUUGUGUGCUCAGUAAACGAAAACUCGAGGGCAUUUUUACGUGGAACGGAUGAAGUGAAUACCGUGAAAGGAAUAAGGGUGCAUAAGGCACUCCGUAGUUUCCCUCGUGUCGGAAAUGUGCCUUUAUUGCAUUCGUUCCGCUCGUCAGUUGAUCGUUAGGGGUGCACCGUACUACAGUGUUUGGUUGCUAGCAAAAGGGGAAGCCUCGUCUUCGAACAGCUUAUUUAAUUUCUGGUACAGUCACCCAUUCCACUUAAUCUGCUUUGUUUUAGUAAUGUGGGACCAAUUACUAUUAAUAUUUUUGUUUUAGGAAUGAUAACAGUGAGUGUUGUAAAUGGCAGUGAUAUCUAAAAAUGAAGACUGCAUUUCACAAAAUGGCAUCACUGUGUUCAUAGACACAAAAGUAUUCUUUCGUGUUUGUGUGUGUUUUAUUGGAGUCGUAGAAGGUGAAAUAAUUUCAAGAUGAUACACACACAGUUAACAGAAAAGAGAGGGGAACCCAUCAGUUUUUUCUUCUCGGGUGAAGCAGUGGGCGUAAAAUAAUUUGUUGCAGUUCUAGGACGAGAAAGCAGAUAUUAUUUUUGCCUCGUGUGUGUGUCACUUAUAUUUUUGAUAUGUUAUGUAAAGGACAUUUGUAUUGAAAAUGCUGGGAUUUAAAAAAACCAACUUGGAGAUGCUAAACGUUUUUCUACUUAAAGCAGGGAGGACUAGAAAAUUCCCUUAUUGUUCUUUUGAAGGAGAUACCUGUCACUUGUUAUAUGGAUGUUUCAUGCUCUAAACAGUCAUUACUUUUUAAAGAAAAACGUAAAUAUAUAAUCAAAUCAAAAUAUGUUGUAUUGGAAAGAAAGGGUCAUUUAUGUAACAAUGGGAUUACUUUUCAUUGUAUUCUGAUGAUUUCUGUAUUCAUGUAUGCUAUCAUGUUUGGGUUUUUUGUUGUUAAAGUGUGUAAUCAAUGCUAAUGGAGAAAAUUACAUAUUUAUUCCAUGGGGUUUGUUUAUGAUAUUAUUAUCCACAUUACGUAUUAAUGUUUGUUAUUAAUCAGGGGCAUUUUAUGAGUGUGGAAGUGGCUUUUGUUAUUUAUGUCUAAAAUUAAUUGUAUGUUCUUUGUCUUUAAUGGAAAAGAAGGGAGAGCACUGAAGUGGUACAGGUGCAGCAUUGAAGCUGUGCAGACGUGCUAAUUCUCUCAAGUUUUAAACGAUUUCGGAUCUUCAUAGAAAACAAUGUUGAAGAGCACUUUUAGCUCUUUAUUGAAACAAAUUGUUUUACAUUUGGAACUAAAUGUACUCUGUAAACAAUAGGAUGGUGUGUUUCCCGGAAGCACUCACCUGAUCAAAAAUGGUCGGUGCCUUCAGUUUACUGUUCAGUCCGUGGCCUCUUAUGGUGGCCAUUUCUUUCCCCCUUUUGCUCCAGAGCCAGUCGGCGCAAGUCUUGUGCUAGUCAUAUAUAAUUUUCUCUUGUGACGAGAUGCACAUGUUACGGUCAUGCAAUUUUCCUCUUGGUGUCAUGUGGGGCAUUUCCUCUUCACGUUUCUGUCAACGCUGUACAAAAAAAAAAUUCAAAGGAAUAUUUACACUUUGUCAUGUAUAUUUAACUUCCUAUAUUUAUUGGUAAUCUGGUGUGUCAGUUUAUAGCUGAAUGUUCUGGCACAUAGUUCUGAAAGAGUUAAUGUUUUUUAGCUUAUUCUUUCUUCUCGUUGUCUAUUCCCCUUCUCCAGUGACCUUCUGUUUCACCAUCUCCCACCCACAUGUGUGUGGAACUAGAUUUUUUUUAUAUACACAUAUGUUAGCUCACUUGAGCAGUGAUUACCCAAUGGGGAUGUUGUGAUGUGGCUAAAGUUUUGUUGAGAUGCUCUGAAACUGUCUGUACCUUGCUAGAUCGUUCUUAAGUUACUCAUCUUCUUGUUCCUUUGCUGAUUCUGUAAGCUGUGUCAUCUCGUCACAGCCCUGUGUAACAUGUUGAACUUUUUUGUUUUCAUUCUUUGUUGUAAAUAACAUGCAUAUACAUUACAAAUUAUCAGACUGUUUCUAUGAUUAUAAUUAUGUAUCAUUAUUGUAAUUAAUUCAUUAUGUAUGUAUCAUCACUGAAGUGUCAAAUGUUUUUGUUGUGGUAAAAUAAAUAGAAAAUUAUAUUAAUAA